CGCCGCGCGGGAGGGCCGGCAGCCGCGUCCGCCAGGCUCCGCGACUUGGGCCGCACCGGGGCCGGCCGCUGCCUUCGCGGCCCACGGGCCUUCACCGCGCCGGCGCCGCCCAACCGCCGCGGAACCUUCUGGAAACGGCGCCCCUGCGCGACCCACGCCGCCGCCAGCGCAGGACGCCCGCGAGAGACGCCGGCUGCCCUGGCGGCCCCUGGAGCGGGCCGGGGGGCGGGGCCUGCGCGGGGGCGGGGCCCGCGCGGGGAGGCUGCGUUCGAUUCGCCCCCGGCACGCAGGCCCCGCCUCUCCGGCUCCGCGGCUCCGCCUCCGUCCUCCCCCUCCAUGGCGCCGCCCCGGCUCAUUCAUUCCGCGCCGGGCCUGCCGGACACCUGCGCUCUCCCGCUGCCGCCCGCCGUCGCCGCAGCCGCCGCCAGCAUGUCGGUCCCCGCCUCCGAGACGCCGUCCGCCAUCCAGAUCUGCCGGAUCAUGCGGCCAGAUGAUGCCAACGUGGCCGGCAAUGUCCACGGGGGGACCAUCCUGAAAAUGAUUGAGGAGGCAGGAGCCAUCAUCAGCACCCGGCACUGCAACAGCCAGAACGGGGAGCGCUGCGUGGCGGCCCUGGCCCGGGUUGAGCGCACCGACUUCCUGUCACCCAUGUGCAUCGGCGAGGUGGCUCACGUCAGCGCGGAGAUCACCUACACCUCCAAGCACUCUGUGGAAGUCCAGGUCAACGUGAUGUCUGAAAACAUCCUCACAGGUACCAAAAAGCUGACCAAUAAGGCUACCCUGUGGUAUGUGCCCCUAUCGCUGAAGAAUGUGGACAAGGUUCUGGAGGUGCCUCCUGUUGUGUAUUCCCGGCAGGAACAGGAGGAGGAGGGCCGGAAGCGGUAUGAAGCCCAGAAACUGGAGCGUAUGGAGACCAAGUGGAGGAACGGGGACAUCGUCCAGCCCGUCAUGAACCCAGAGCCGAACACCGUCAGCUACAGCCAGUCCAGUUUGAUCCACCUGGUGGGGCCUUCGGACUGUACCCUGCAUGGCUUCGUGCACGGAGGUGUCACCAUGAAGCUCAUGGACGAGGUUGCGGGGAUCGUGGCCGCACGCCACUGCAAGACCAACAUAGUCACGGCUUCCGUGGAUGCCAUCAAUUUUCACGACAAGAUCAGAAAAGGCUGUGUCAUCACCAUCUCUGGACGUAUGACCUUCACGAGCAAUAAAUCCAUGGAAAUCGAGGUCUUGGUGGACGCCGACCCCGUGGUGGACAACUCACAAAAGCGCUACCGGGCCGCCAGUGCCUUCUUCACCUACGUGUCCCUGAGCCAGGAGGGCAAGCCGCUGCCCGUGCCCCAGCUCGUGGUGAGUGUGUGUCUGCGGGGUUGGGGGGGUGCUCUCAGGACUCCAGCAGAGAUGGUACUCGCGUGA